CAGGAGUCCCAGCAUGUGAAUUGGACAUGGUCAUUCAGUUGGAGGGAGGACAGCUGUGGAUGCUGGAUCUUCAGGGCACUGAAGAGGGGAGUGAGCGAAAAUACCUGUCUGGAUAGGGAGAUGUGAACUGAGCCAAAGCAUCAACACCAAUCAGGCUAUUUCUGAAGAACUAGAGUUUUCAGGGUCAGCAAUGGAAAGUCUCAGAGGGAGUACUGCCCAAGGUCCUAAGAAUGAAGAGGCCUAUAAGGGUGAGGGCCGGUUAUCAAGGCAGACAAAAUGUCCUGUACAGAAGACAUCUUUUGAGAAAACGGCAAUCAGGAAAGUGUCGAUGACCCUCAAGGAAAUUUUCACUAGGGAGAGAGUUCCUGAAGCUAGUGAAUUUAGUCUAAGCUCAAAAGUUAAUAUACAGCAGAACAUUCCAAAGGGAGCUAGAUCCCCCAUAUCUAGGAAAAACUCCAAAGAUAAUUCGGACUUCAUUAAACACCAAAAACUCUUCCCACAAAAGAAACCUUGUAAAUGCAACGAAUGUGGGAAAGCCUUCAGUUACCAAUCAGACCUUAUUGUCCACAGGAGAAUUCAUGGUGGAGAAAAGCCUUUUGAAUGCAACGAAUGUGGGAAAACUUUUAGCCGAAGUACACACCUUAUUGAACAUCAGAGAACUCACACUGGAGAGAAGCCGUACGAAUGCAGUGAAUGUGGAAAAGCUUUUAGCCGGGGCACUCACCUGAGUCUGCAUCAGAGGAUCCAUACUGGAGAGAAACCGUAUGAAUGUGGUGAGUGUGGAAAAGCCUUCAGCCGGAGCACUAACCUUAGCCAACAUCAGCGAACUCAUACUCAAGAGAAACCUUACAAAUGUAACGAAUGUGGGAAAGCCUUCAGUGACCGUUCAACCAUAAUUCAGCAUCAACGAAUACACACUGGAGAGAAUCCCUAUGAAUGCAGUGAAUGUGGGAGAGCUUUCAGUUGGAUCUCGUCUCUUAUUGAGCAUCAGAGGACACACACCGGAGAGAACCCCUAUGCAUGCAACGACUGUGGCAAAGUGUUCUCUCGCAGCUCAUCCCUCAUUGAGCACCAGAGAAUCCACACUGGAGAGAAGCCCCACGAGUGCAGAGAAUGUGGGAAGGGCUUCAGUCGGAGCUCAUCCCUUAUUAUCCACCAGAGAACUCACACCGGAGAGAAGCCUUACAAAUGUAAUGACUGUGGGAAAGCCUUCAGCCAGAGUUCAACUCUCAUCAGACAUCAGCGACUUCACACUAAGGAGUAGUAGUUGAGCUUUUUCAUUAAUGUUAGCAUAAGAGCACACAGCCUUCACGUCCUAUCCUGCAAAGAACAAUAGAUACAUCUUUGGAGUUUUCUUCUCUACUAGCUAGCUGUAAGCCAGUUUCAAGUUAGCCUUCCUUCCACCUGUUCCGUAAACUAGAUGCUCCAGUGAGUGAGUACAAGGGGAUAACGUAAGAACCUCACGUAUUCCAUCUCCUAUUCCAGAGGACUCCAGCCUUAGAGUUUAGACCCUCCUGACACCUUGCAUUUGCUCACUUUAUCUAUUCCAUGGGGCUUGGGUCCCUGAACAAUCAGUGAACCUUGUUUCCCGACCACAUCAGCCCCUUUACUUAAAGAGGAAAUCCUGUGUGUGUGAGAUGCUGGUUCCAGUAGUAGAAGAGGAGCUGGCUUCAGAACAGGACAAAAAGCUUCCCACCAGUUUGGUGAUAAUAGUGUUGAGGCAAAUCCAGUCUCUCGUUUUAUAAGGACAGAUUUUUCUCUUAAACCUUUUUUGCUAUAGCAUAUUUUCCUCAAAGUAUAAACCAUAGUUCUAAUGGGCCUAACUAAUCCUGGUGUUAUUUUAUCUUAUCCUCACCAAAAAUGUCCUAACACUUACAUUGAGUUCUAUUAUUUUUUAAAAAAUUGCUUCCCUAGUUUUUAAAUUUUUCUUCUGUUUCUUCUUCAUGAAACUUAUACCCUCUGGUUCAAACUCUCACCAAUCCUAUAAAGCUGAUCUCUCAAGGACAAUUCAGUGCCUAUUUCUUAGUCUUUUUCCUACUUGACAUUUGCAGAAUUGGCACUUUGGGCCACUCUUAUGCCUUAAAAUUUGAGCUGCUUCUGGCAUCCCUGAUUCUGUGCUGAUCCACACUUUUCCUACCUCCCAGCACUCUCUGAUUAACAAUGAUCAGCUCUAUAACUUUGGGCAAGAGUUCAGCCAGAAUGCUCUCAUUUUAUCGGGUUAUAAUACUUGCGGUCACUCAAUUAGAUUGUAAGCUUCCUGAAGACAAAGGUCUUUUCGACCCCUGUGAAACAUCCAUAGUGCUGAAUAGUUACUAAAUGACCUAUAAUUACUGCCUACUUUAUCCCAGGUAAUCAGUCUGCAAGAUUUUAUUUCAAGUGGCUUACGAGUUGAUUUCUUUCUCUGUUCUUAGUGCUGCUGGAGUUUGUGCCCAAAUUAUGAGAGUCAACACUGCUGCCCUUGUCUUCCUAUCUUUAGCUGCCUGACUAAACCACCACCUUGUUUAAAGAGUGCACAGUUCCCAGGAAAAAGAUCAAACUGUUUAACCCCAGGGCCGUCCGCAGUUAGAUCUAUCUACCCAUUUUCCAUUCCUGCCCGGUGCAUGUAGGCAGCCUGUCCUUUGUGUCUGCUCUACCCUCUUCUCGCACUUGGCUUCUUUUCACAUGGUUCUUUGGCACCCUUUUACAUGUUCUGCUUUCCUCCUUGUGUCUCCAGAAAUCCUGUCCACGCUUUAUAAAAGGCCUUGCUCAAGUCCUGCCUCCUCUGACACUUUGGGUCCCCCACCUUUGCAGUCGUGGUUUGCAUGUAUUUUCGUGCAUUGCAAACUUUCCUAUUCUGUUUUCUGAUUCUCUCAGGUGCUUUUUUCCCAUAAGCUUCUGAAGUUAGAAAUUAUCUUAAAUUCUCAGAAGCCCCAUCUGAUACAUGGUAUAAUGCAGGUCUGGACUCGUUUUAAUCUAAACCAGGAGGGUUUAAUAGUGCAAUCUCUUUAGUCUUAUGAAUGGAGAGAUAAGAUCAUAAAUAUUUUGGUCCUUUUUGUCCUACCUUGAAUUAUGUAAAUUCACUCUUGGGACUAAUUCUCCUUUAGAGCUCCUGGGAUGCUGGCCUCUUGGCUUUCCAUUUCAUGAGACUGUUGUAAGGAAUAAGUGAGUUUAUUCAUGUAACAUGAUGAAAACAGUGCCUGACAUAAAGUAAGUGCUCAAUAAAUGCUAAUUGUUAUGAUUCUGCUGCGA